AUGUCACAAUUAAUAGGAUUAAUUAUUACAACAAUACUACUCCUGGUGCAACCUGGCCUUGCUGUGAAUCCUUUGAGUCUCGCAGUUUUUGGGGGGGAAGAAAGAGUGGCAGGGAUGCAGUCGAAGGUUGGCAGUGGGGGGGUGUACAUUUUUGGGGUGGUGCUAGUCUUGGUGGGAAUCAGGGUGGCGGUCGUGCUGGGGGGGAAGACACCGCUCCCCCCGCCGGAGGAUGACCCUCCAUCCGCCGUGGGAGUAGGAGGAGGAAGUAAUAGUUCGGGUGGGGGGAAGGAUGAGGAUGAACUGAGGGGACUGAAAGGUCAGGCGAAUAUUCUCUUGUCGUUGCAAAAGGGCAGCGCCAAGUGUGCGGUGCAAGGGUCGUACGGGAUUAAGGAGGAGUGCUCGAAAUAUAUCGAGUGUAGGAAGAAAGGGACCAUCCCUGCUACAAAGUAUUGCCCCUCUGGUAAAUUUUUCGACCAUUUUAAACGAGUUUGUAUGCAGUCGAGUAACGCGGAAUGUAGAAGUGACAUUUGUCCCAGUGACGGAGCAGUUCUGGCAGAUCCGAAAGAUGACGAAGCGUAUCUUAAAUGCGAGAGAGGCGUUCCAAUGCCGUACCAGUGUCCGGAGGAUCAAGAAUUUUCAGCAAAGGCGAAAAAAUGUGUGCCGGCUGGGAAUUAA